UUAAUUACUACUACUAACCCUUAGGCCGAUCUAUCCAACAACAAAACCGUUUUCGAAUCCCGCCAAGAACAAAUAAUUAAAUCCAGUCGUUUUUUCUAACUUCUUACAUGUGACCUACUUAUUUCAACGUAUGAGAAGACUUUCUUCUAUACUUCAUUCAUGCCAAGCAAAUAGGAACCUCAACCAUCAGAGGUCCCAGGGUUUCGGACACAUACUUUGACAAGUAUAGAAUGUGGGACUGUCCUUUUUCUUCAAGGACAUAUGUAGGGAUUGUGCUGCUAUGGAUUUAACUGUGAUACCGAAGAUGGCGUUAAGGUGUCCACAAUGUAAAAGGAUGUGCUUGCAAAUGGCAUUCUAUGAAGAGCACCAAAAGGUCCAUGCACUACAGAAGGCAGAAACAGAGGCAGUAAUGGAUACUGGAUAUGCCACUGUCAAUGCUGCUUGUGAUACUUUUGUAGAUAUCAGAACUAAGAAAACUGACUUUCCGGCAACUGCAACUGAGCCUCAACGAACUGAGAGGGACCCUUUAACCGUUGAUCUUGAAGAAAUCGCUGCUCAGCCUGAAGAACAGGCUGCUUCUGUUGCUGCUGCUGCCGCCGUUCCUGUUGCUAAUGUUUCGCCCGAUGUCGAGAUCAUCGAUGUCGUUGACAUAACAUGCGAUGACGACGAGAGUUUUCAUUGCGUCCAUUGUGAGAAAAGAUUUUUUUCACAUUCUUUGUACUUGACUCAUCUGUUUAGCCAUUCUGAACAGCAGCAGUGUCGGCAGUGCAAGGAAAAUUUCAGUAAUGCCGGCGAUCUGGAAGUUCACAUGAUAGAGCACAGCCUCUUAGAAAAACAGGCUGUCCACCGCUUUAACAGAUGUACAAAAUGCAAUGCUGCUUUCUUCUCACAGAAAGUCUUCGUUCAGCAUCAUGCUAAUGCUCAUAUUAAGAAUUUAUUAAGGUGUCAGGUGUGCGAAGAGGAAUUUUCUAGGAUAAGCAGAUUUCAGUAUCAUGUGCUAAAGCAUGUUGGGCAAACCAUGUAUGUGUGCUAUGAAAAAUGUGGUUUGGUGUUUGGUGACAAAGCGUCCUUAAAAAAGCACACUUCUUUUCAUAAAGCCUCUAGUUCCAGUAAAACUGGAGAAGUGAGUGUGCAUCAGUGUUUUGACUGUGCUGUGUGCUACUUCGACAAUUUAUCCGUUUUGGAACACAGACACAAGUCACAUAAAGCCCAAAAACCAUAUCACUGUGAGAAGUGUGACGAAGUUUAUUUUGUGGAGAAGUUGUAUAAGUCCCACAGUUGCUUUACAGAACAGGUGUAGUCUUCUGUUAUCCAAUGGUUUAUAGGAGGACAUGUGUUUUAUUCAGAUGCAAAUUUUAUCGGUCCCACAGUUGCCAUAGGGAGCAGGUGUAGUAUUUUGUUAUCCAGUGCUUUGUAGAAGGACGAGAAUUUUAUACAGAUACUACUGGUAUGAGUGAAAAUUCAUCCACAUAAAUCUCCUGGCAAUAUGAGGUGACAGUUUGCAAAUUAAAAAAAAAAACAAUAAAAUUUACAAUAUUCCAAAUUGUUCCUUUACUGUACUUUGUUCCACUUGUUAUUUGUAUGCAUUUUGUACAUUAGGAUUAGUUUAGAAGUUGAUUUUUUUUCCAUUUCUUUUCAUAAAACAUAAAGAUCUCUCUUCAUAUUAUAUUUUUUUAUUCAUUCUUUUGGACUGAAAAUGGGCACACAUCCAGGUUAACCAGAAAUGUUGGGUGGACUAGAUGUGCUUUUUGCUUUGUAUGUGUAUGUCAAUACCAAAUGAUGAAUCCAAGAGUAAAUGGUGCAGUGUUUUAAGAGAGGGGUCAAACCGUUAAAUGAGGCAAAUUGGUUCCUUCCCAGUCACGUCAUUUGGCAGUCUGCCUUAUUCCUUCGUACUUUAGUUAGCCUCCUUUUGCCUUUCUUCACCGUACACCAUCAUUGUUUCAUUCCUUCACUGAGUUAUUAUUGGUUCCCAUGAUUACAGGAACAAGGCAUGUUUCCUCUCUCACAUCUUAAGUUGAGAAUGUGAUUGGUCAGAGGUAGUGUUUUCCAAUUGUGAAUAGAAUUGCUCUUGUAGUCAGAGGGAAGAGAAGUCAGAGCCUGCAGUCUUUAUCAUUUGUUAGCCUGUGAAGGUAGCUUCCUCCUGGUAAGAUCAAUCCAGUACAGCUAUUUAGAGGCUCCAGUGGAAUUUUACCUCAUAGGCUCGAGUUGAGGAAGAGCGGUUGAUGUCUUCAUUGAAUGAUUAUUAGUCAUUCAAUAUUGGACUUCCACCACCUUACGCAUGAGUGCAGCCUCAGAAAGAUGCUAAUCUGUGUACUUGAUAUUUUCCCAAGUAAAGAAAAUUGAAGUUCAAGUAUACUAUGUCUCCAGUUCUUUCAAGAUGUUCCAAUUUCAGAGACUUUGUCAGAGUGUAACAUCAUUGCUCAGCUUCUCAUCACCAUGGUGUACUAUUGGAACCAUUGUAUAUCAAGUUAUGUAUUCCAAAAUGCAGAUAUAUCACACUAUAUUCCCUUGUGCUCUGCACUCCGUAAAUCCUGCCCCUUCCUGUGUCUUUAUGCAAGAGGCCUUCUCAGGGAGGAGAUAAUGGCAUUUGUCCUGUGAUCCAUCAGGAUACCCUUGCAGAAAACAGGUCACUUGUCUCUCAAGAGAUACCCAAGAUUUAUAUCAGUUGUCCUAGUUUUGGCUUCAGUUGACUCCCAGAUUGUCUUCAAAGAAGAUACCUUGAUGCCUGGCUGCUUUUGGCUGUAACGUACGCAAUAGCAACUUUCCCAAUAUAAAAGUGGCUCCUUUAUAGUACAGGGUAUUGAGAUUGUUAUCACCAGGGAGUCAGAUGUAAUCCCCUUUCAGCAGAUAGACAUGUCCAGCACUUAUGUUAGUUUGUGUCUUCUAAAAAUCUUGCAACCUCAUGAAGCAGAGACUGCUGGUUUCUUUUUGGUAGUCUAUUUAUGAUUGAUUAAUGUCACUGGAAAACCUUGGCCUCAGGUGGCCUGGUAUUUUUUGCAGUGCUAGGAGAAAUAAAAGCUUGUUUUGUGCAAUAGGUCUAGAGGAUCUAUGUUGGUGGAAGGACUCAUAUAUUUUGCUGGAAUAUGCUGGCUUAGGCACAAAUGAUGACCUACCCUAACCAAACAACUCAGCGCUAUUGGAAGUCUGGUUCCUAUGCUGGCCUAUGGAAACAGAAAGUCUAGAUUUUUACAUUGUCUUGUUUUCCCGAAGUAGUAGUUGUGAAUGGCUUUCACAGGACGAGUAGAAGAAUCUCUUCAUUAACUGUGGAAACAGUUCCAGGUAUUCACUACAAAGUCUAUAGUAAACAACAGACAUCUGACCUCUAGCAUGUGCCACUACCCAACAAAGCAUGCAGCUUGCAGACAUGUCGUGAGGAUGCAUAUGCCAAGAGAAACAGUCUUCAUAAUAUGAUCUAUAAAAGGCAAUUUAUGUAAAAAGUUUGUAUGAUUUAAAGACCAGAAAGAAGUCAGCAAAGAUGGGAAUAGUGGAAUUGGACCAUAUUAAUACCCCCUCUCACUACACCAGUCAAAGAAUCUGCUUUAACUGACAGAUAAUAGGCUCUGUCUCCCCCAGGCCACUGGCUGUAGUGUGAGGGACUACUUUUCUCCUUGAUAUUGCAAUCCUAUGUAUGUAUUGUUCCUAUCUUCUGUCAGACCCCCAGUAUUUUUAAAGUCAAACCCUCACAGGCUGAUUGUGAAAGGUGUAAUUAGCUUGCAAAGGUAAAGAAAAUUGGUCAAAUGAAUACUAAUGACAGAAAACUGAUGAGACUGCCAAGCAGAAAUCUGGUUAAUUCCAGUGGAACCCUUUUUACAGCACUACAGACACAAACUUAAUUUGUACUUUCAAAUGGGUUUAUGGGGUGCAUAUGUUAAGUCUUGCUAUUCCAUCCAGUAGACGAGGAGAGGUAUGUGUCAAGGGAGAUACAACCAAAAAUGUGGGCACUAUAUGAAUGAUGGACAGUUAUGAAACAAUAUU